GCCAGUUUCCCGAGCCAUCAUCCAGGCGUGCACGGACGAGAUCAGGAAGCUCGGGGGCAGGUCCUGGCUCUACGUGCAGGCCAUGGGCACGGACCCGGGCGACCUGGAGGCGCAGGCGGGCUUCACCGUGAUCGGGAAGCACCGCAUCAACGACGAGGUGCUGCUCGACGUGGACAUGCUGGGCAACUUCAAGAGCCGCAUGCCGGACGGCUCCAUCGUCGCCGACUUCCUGCGGGCGGCGAGCCCGCAGCUGCGGGCCCAGGGCCUGGCGCAGACCUGCAACUUCGUGGACGGCUACGGCUGGGACGCCUCCCUCGUCGGCGGCACCGGAUGGAGCUCCCGGGUCAUUUCUUUCCCUUAUUGGGAGGUGUGGACCCUGCCAGCGGUCGAGGACAGGUUCUUCGAGGAGGUUGCGCCCCUCGGCAGCGUGCUGUCCUGCUUCCCCGGGAAGGACUCCGAUCACGAGGGCGAGGUUCAGAACGGGGACGCUGUUGGCGUUUGGCCGCUGGACCUCCUGAUCGGCAGGUGGCGCAAAGCGCGCUGCCACGGCAGCGCCUACCUGGCAAUCGGGGACGGCGACCGCCACGUGCAGUUGGAGUAUCUCCCAGACAGCUCCGACAUCAACGAGGCCGACGUGGCAAAGAGGGAAGUCUUCGCUCGCCCCUGCGGGCGCGGCGGCAGCGAGGGGGCCAGCGACGCGCAAGCACCUCCCGAUGGCCAGACCGCCGUCGGGCCCGCCCGUGGCGUGCCCAUGGACCCACUGCGAGGCGAGUACGGGUUCCUGACAGACUUUGGAACCGUCUCGGAGUCCGAGGCGCGCGCCAGGGUGCGGGGCAUGGUCGAGUCGUUCGGCAUCCUGGAGUUCCAGUUCUUCGACGCCUUCAAGGGCUACUCUCAGCCGCCCGGGGCGGACGAGGAGGAGUGGGUCAACGUCGCCUUCAACCGCUCGAUCAAGCGGAGCGUCGUGAGGGCGUACGUCGACGAGAUCAGGUCUCUCGGCGGGCGGUCGUGGCUGUACCUGCAGGCCAUGGGCACCGACCCCGACGAUGGCGAGGCGCAGGAGGGCUUCGAAGUGGUCGGGGCACACAUGCUGGGCGACCGUCGGCUGCUCGACGUGGUGCUGCCGAGCGCGCCGUGGGCGGCGAGGAUCGCACCCCGGUGGGCGGCCUUCGCCGCCUCGCUGGGCUUCUCGGGCGUCCACUGGGACACGACCUCGGACACGAUGCCCGUGCCGCCCAGCCCCGGCGGCGGGGGCCCCGCCGCGGGCGCCGCGGCCCUCGGGGCCUUCCUGCGGGAGGCCCUGGGCCACCUGCGGCAGCGGGGCCUGGCGCAGGCGUGCACCUUCACCCGCAGCUGGCCAUGGGACCCCGCGCUCGCGGGCGGCGCGGGCUGGAGAGCAGCAGCCUCGUGGCCUUCCCCCACUGGGUGGCCUGGAGCCUACCGGCAGACGAGGACACCUUCUUCGAGCAGGUGGCGCCCAG